UACACUCCACUAGCUACAUGCCAACAAUUCAUUCAUACACACACUCCUUAUGAUUUCACCUUAGUUUCAAAUUUCAAUCCAUUUUUCAUGAAAAAGCUGCACACUGCACCACCAAGAAGUAGUUGGCGCAGUUAAGCUGCAGAUAAUUGCUUAAAAAGUUAAAUAGCUUUUUAAUUAUCUUCUAAGUGUGCAUUAAAAUAAUGAGAAUGAGAAUGAGAAAAUAUAGUAUAUAUUAUUAGCUUCAUUGGUCACAUUGUUUUUUCUAACUUAUUAUGGAUUCAGCUCCUUGUUCAUGGUUUCAAGCCAUAUUUUUCUUAGUAUUGGUUUGGUUAUUUAACUAUGGAAGUGUUGAUGGAGUGAGUGUUACAGUGAAAGUUGGAAAUUUUUCAAAGGUUGAAGAUGCUGUGAAUUUUCAUAUUUACUAUGGUCAAACCUUCAAAGUCAUUAAGAAUGCUGUUGAUGGCCAGAGCUAUCUUCUUCUUCAGAAUAACUCAAGGAUUGCAUCAAGGACAAAAUAUUGCACUUCAAGAAUCAAAUCAUUUAUCAUACCAUUGUCCAACUUCUCUGUUGAUACAGAUUCUUUUCCUGUUUCCUUCUUAGAGCAUUUAGGCUUACUUGAGAGCUUAAAAGGCAUAACCUCGGAAACUGUGGCUUCUCCAUGUGUAUUGAAAUUAUAUAAAGAAGGAAAGAUUGAAAUGUUGAACAAAAGUGAUUAUGGAAUGCUUUCACAGUUUUCUGCUCACUUCUUUGGUGACACUGAUCAACAGCCAUCUUGCAAUUUUGCAACUUCAGUUCCUUAUUCAGAGGAUACCCCUUUGCAGAGAGCAGAAUGGAUCAAGUUCAUAGGAGCUUUUGCAAAUGUUGAAUCUAGAGCCAAUCAAGUCUAUACUACAGUUAAGGAGAAUUAUCUGUGCUUGGCUGAAAUUGCGAAAACUCGAACUUCAUUCAAGCCAACUGUAGCUUGGAUGAAAUAUGAUCAUGGUGUUUGGUCUUUUACAAAGGAAGCAUAUUAUCUUAAGUAUAUGGAAGAUGCAGGGGGAGAGAUUUUGAAUGCCAACAAGAACACUUACAAUGUUUCUGAUCCAGAUGAUUUGGAGGAAUUUCAUGCCAUCUUAUGCACUGUGGAAGUAGUGAUUGAUGAAACAUUAACUUCUGAUCUAGUCAACUACACAGCAUCAACGUUUAUCCAAAAUCUAAAUGUUGAAGAUCGUUCUUGUUUUUCCUUUCUUACAAACACAAGCCUAUGGAGAUACGAUAAACGGAUUCAAAGCUCCUCUCUUGAUUGGUACAACGGAGCAGUCUCGCAACCUCAAUUGGUAUUAGCAGAUCUUAUUGAAGUUUUAUUUCCAACUGGAAAUUACACCAUGACUUAUUUUCGGAACCUUGUUAAGGGAGAAAAACUUAUAAAUAUUGGUCCUGAAAUGUGUGACAGGGACACAUCUUCAACAUUGGAUCCUACUAUAGUACCAUGUGGAUGACUUAUCUUUCAAAUUUUAAAUUAGGUAGAUUGCUAUUAAAACUAUUCUUUUUUUAUAUUCCUUUUUUCGAAUAUAGGAUCUAUACUUGAAUUUUAUUAUAGUAUAAUAGUGGUGUUUAGGUUUUUGAAUUUUAUUUUAAAAUGACUGCAAAGUAUUUUAUUGAUAACAUAGAAACAGUUGUCAUUUUGCAACAAAUAUACAACUUAUUUGUAAUGAAUAAA